AUGCCAUGGAUCCAUUGGACUGGUCAAUUGCCAACCUGGAGAUAUAAAUUUUAUUUAUUUUCAGAGAAAAAAUUAAAAAAUCAAUUAGCUGGAUUGGCUUUACAACCUAAACUUGUUAUAGAUGAGCCUUGUAGAUGUAUUCGUGAGGCUGAGUUUGGGGUUUGGAACAAAAAAAGUUUCUUGACGGCCUUUGCUAAUAAAGCAGAUGAUUAUCAGUAUAUAAUUGAAAUUGAAUUGGUAGAAAAGAAAGAAAAAAGAAAAUCAUUAAAUGAUGAACUUGGGAAAUUUUCCAAGAACGUUUCAACAUAUGUUGAUGUAAUUGUUCUUGAUACUUCCAGAAAUAUUGGAUUCUCUGGUGUUCCAUUUAAAACCAAAGUGUUAUUACAACCAACAACUGUCUCGUUCAUUGGUAGAUUUGCCUUUUUGACAAUGGCUGAUGUAGGAAUGAGUAGCAGUGACUAUGUAGAAGAAGAAUCUGUUAGUGGGAAAAAGAAAGUAAUGAAUCUGUAUUAG